UAUCUGCACACUAUUAUUGACAUCUAUGACUCUUAGUAUUCAUUGUUGGUACAGUACGAAAUACUUACCUCCUGAACAGUCUACACAUCUCGUCGCCUGGGAAUUGAUAUUAUUUUCUUCUUCUAAUCUGUGCAAGCGCUACCGUAGAACCUCACCACUCAAUUGAGCAACAUGUUGUACACCAACGCCAUCAUCAUCACUGUCAAUGACACCCGCGACAUCAUCCUCGAUGGCGCAAUAUUGGUCAAGGACACCCGCAUUGAAGCCAUCGGGAAGACCACCGCUCUUCGAGCCCAGUAUGCCGACGAGCCCAUUACGGAUCUGUCGGGCAAAAUCGUCAUCCCUGGGCUCGUGUCGACUCAUAUGCACACAGCCCAGACGCUGCUUAGAGGUGCCGCAGACGACCAUGAGCUCGUUGGCUGGCUCUGCGAGCGCGUCUGGGUAGCGCAAGGCAACUUCACUCCUGAAGACGGCUAUGCCGCUGCUCGGAUCAGCAUCGCCGAGAUGCUAAAGUCCGGCACGACGACCUUCUUAGAGAGCAUGUUUGCGAAUCGGUACGGUUUCGAUGGCCUGGCUCAGGCGGUGGAAGAAUCGGGGAUUCGAGGAUGCUUGGGCAAGAUCGUCAUGGAUGUCGGUCAGUAUGCAAAAGACCCGGCAUGGGCAAUGCAUCCGGGGUUGGUGGAAAAUCGGGAGCAGAGCCUGCUGGGGGUUCUGGAUAUGCAUGAGAAAUGGGAUGGGAAGGCAGAGGGAAGGAUUAAGGUCUGGUUUGGUGCGCGAACGCCAGGAGGUGUCUCCGAUGGCCUAUACAAAGAGAUGACCGCCCUCUCCCGCGAAAAGUCUAUCCCGAUCACUAUGCACUGCGCCGAAGUCAAGGCAGACCGCGAGUUCUGCGCCUCCCUCUCCCCUCCCCUGACCCCCAUGACCUACUGUGAUUCUGUCGGUCUCCUGGGCCCACAGACGGUGCUCGCCCACAUGGUGCACUUAGACGACAACGACAUCGCCGUGCUCGCCAAGUCGGGCACGCACGUCGCUCACUGCCCGACCAGCAAUGCCAAGCUGGCGUCCGGCAUCGCACGCGUUCCCGAACUGCUGAAGGCCGGCGUGAACAUCGGACUCGGAACGGACGGCGCGCCGUGCAACAACACGAACGACCUGCUACAGGAGAUGAAGAUGGCCGGCAUCGUCCAUAAAGCCGUGACCUAUGACCCGACGGUCGUCAGUGCCGAGGAGGUCAUGGAGAUGGCGACCAUCAAGGGUGCCAAGGCGUUGGGUCUCGAUAAAGAUAUUGGGAGUCUGGAGGUUGGGAAGAAGGCCGACUUUGUGGCUAUCGAGACUAGGAGCGUGAGGAUGACGCCCUUCUUCAGUCCCGUUUCGGCAGUGGUAUAUACUGCCACGGGGGCUGAUGUCGAUACAGUCGUUGUGAACGGCAAGACUGUGGUCGAGAAGGGCAGGCUCAUUACAAUGAACGAGGACGCUGUCGUGUCUGAAGCGGCGAUUCAUGCAAAGGAAGUAAUGGAGCGCGCGGGGUUAACUGAGAAAGUAAAGGCUAAAUGGCCGCUGAUAUAGAAGAUUUUCUGCAUCGUUCAACGUAGAUUUUGUGCAUAGAUUUAUUGUCAUGAUAACUAAUCUAGGUCUCAUAGUUUAAUAUAGGACGUUUAUAGGUUUAG